AUGGGCCACACCGUUCAAUUCCUCGCUCCGGAACCCAUAUCUCUGGUCAACAACGAGCCUUGUGCCGGAGACACAGCGCUAGCAGGCGCGCUGCGUUUCAAACACAUCACCGUUGGCGACUGCACCAUUGUCAACACUCAGUGGUCCCGCUUCGCCGUAUGGCAAAUAGAACUGGUUCUCUGUGCAACAGCUACUACAGGCGGCACAAACCCGCGCAUCUACGUCUACAAACGGUACACAGAUUUUGUCCGAUUUCGCGCGCGCUUGCUGGACGCGCUGCCCGCGUCAUUACGCGCCAACGUCCCAGAUCUGCCUCCAAAAGUCAGCUGGCUCGAGUCCUGGCAAUACGAUAACGUGAAUCUCAACAACAAAUGGCUUGCUCGUCGCAGAGCAGGUCUCGACCUGUUCCUCAACCAGGUGUUGUUGAACGACACUUUACUAUCCAAAGCUAUUGGCUGUGUACGAGAGUUUUUGGAAAAAUGA